AUGAAUGAUAUAAAAUAUUCUUAUUUAAUAAUAUUAUUUUCUAUUAUCUUUUCCUUAUUUUAUAUUUUUAUUUAUGGAAGAUAUUUAUAUAUUUUAUAUAAUAAUGUUGCUAGUAUUGACAGUUAUUUAACAAAAGAAAUAAAUAUUUUCAUGGAUUUAGAAAAAGAAGCAUAUAUAAAUAUAACAUUUAUUAAAAAUAAUGUUAACAAUGUUAUUGGUAAUAGAAUUAAAAGACAAAAUUAUUGUGAAUGUUAUUUACAUAAUACAUGUUUACCUGGACCAGAAGGUGUUAGAGGAAAUGAUGGUGAACCAGGAAGACCAGGUAUAAAAGGAUUACCAGGUGUACAAGGAUUACCAGGAAAAAUUCCUAAUGAAUUUUUAAUACAAUAUGAAGGAUGUAUUGUAUGUUCAAUGGGUCCAAAAGGAGUUGAAGGUCCACCAGGUAUAGGUGGAAGAAAAGGUUUACCAGGCAUAUUAGGAAAAAAAGGUGAAAAAGGAAAAGAUGGAUUAAAUGGGAUUCGUGGUGAAAAAGGAAAAGAUGGAAUUCCAGGAAUUCCUGGUACAAAUGGGUUGAAAGGAUUUCCUGGUAAAAAUGGUAUUAAAAGUAUAAAAGGUUUACCGGGAAUGAAAGGACGAUAUGGUAAAGAUGGAAUAUCAGGAAUAAAAGGAAAAAAAGGAAUCAAUGGAAAGAGGGGAAUUGAAGGUAUUACAGGAGAUCCAGGAAAACAAGGUAUAAAAGGAGAAUCAGGUAUUCCAGGUUUAUCAGGAAAUAAAGGAAGUAUUGGUGCACCAGGUAUAGAUGGUGGCUAUUGUCCAUGUAAAACAAAAUCAUCAUAUUUUUAA